UGUUAAUUUAACGUAGGAAGCUUGGUAUUUUUUAAUGUAAAGGCCGAGGUCACACCGAUUCCGACGUCUAAAUAAACUUUAAAGCAGUAAAAUCAAUGAAAUAAGUGGAAAAUAAGCAGGGCGAAUAAACGGAAAAACAGAGAAACCAAGAGGAGCAGAAACUGGACAACUCGACACCAUGGCACAUCUUCUGGAGAACCAACUGUUCACGGCGGCCAAGACCAUUGAGCAGCAGCUGGACCAGCAGCUUGACCGCCUGGACAACCUAGACUCCGACGAUCUGAAGGCCCUUAGGGAGCAGCGCCUCCGCGAGAUGAAGGACCUGAACAACAAGAAGCAGGAGUGGCUGAGAAACGGUCACGGCACCUACACCGAGCUAGCUGACGAAAAGGAGUUCUUUGAGAUGUCGAAAAAGUCGCCAAACAUUGUGUGUCACUUCUAUCGGGACAGCACUGAGCGCUGCAAGAUCGUGGACAUGCACCUGAAGAUCCUGGCCGCCAAACACGUGGAGGCCAAGUUCUGCAAGGUGAACGCCGAGAAGACUCCCUUCCUCACCCAGCGGCUGCGCAUCAAGGUGAUACCCACCAUUGCUCUGGUGAAGGACAGUAAGACCAAGGACUUUAUUGUGGGCUUCACCGAUCUGGGCAACUGCGACGACUUUGCCACGGAGAUGCUGGAGUGGCGCAUCGCCCACUCGGGGGCCAUCGAUUACAAGGGCGAUCUGAUGCAGCCACCAGAUGUGAAGCGUAAACCAUUCAUCAACCGCCCACAGAAGACAAUACGCGGCGGCUACGACUCGGAUGACUCCGAUAUCGAUCUGGAUGACUAACUACGGGCAGCCCGUCCCACACUCUCUAUUCCCCCAGCUCCAGCUCCAGUUCCACACUCCCACACAAACACUCAAAAGCGUUGGAGAAACGAAAACAGACACACACAAAUCAAAACCUAGCACAUGGAUCUAAACCAAUUAGGCGUACUUUAGCGUUAUUUAUUUAAUUAUACAAUUCCGAUCACUCUGCUGCGGUCCCCAUCGCCACAUAGUAUAAGU